ACCUUGCUGUUUACUGAGACUCAGAGCUAGAUUUCAAACUAGAAAAUUUUCAGUAGAGGAGGCGCAAUAGUGAAGGAACUUUUAGCUCAAUGUUUAAGUAAGUUUUGAUAAAGCAGGUUUUUGUAGUUGGGCCAAGUACUAUGCAUUCUUUUUUUUCCUUUUUUCAGAAACUAGAAGAACUCAACAAAUUCACAGACUUCAACAAAUACCUUAUAUAUGUCCUCACAAAACUAACAUCCGAAGAUGAACCUACAAGAUCCCUAAGUGGGCUUAUUUUGAAGAAUAAUGUCAAGGCACACUUUCAUCAGUUUCCCCCUGAUGUGGCACAGUUUAUUAAGGCAGAAUGUCUAUCAGCAGUCGGAGACCCAUCACCCCUCAUCCGGGCAACUGUGGGCAUCCUCAUCACCACCACUGCAUCGAAAGGAGAGCUUUCCUCAUGGCCAGAGCUCCUCCCUAGACUCUGUGAAAUGCUGGACUCAGCAGAUUAUAAUGUCUGUGAGGGUGCAUUUGGUGCUCUCCAGAAGAUAUGUGAAGACAGUGCCGAGUUCCUAGAGAAGAGUCCAGACAGGCCACUAGAUGCUUUAAUUCCAAAGUUCCUUCAAUUUUUCAAGCACUCAUCCUCUAAGAUCAGAUCACAUGCGAUAGCCUGUGUCAAUCAGUUCAUUAUCAGCAAAACACAGGCACUAAUGGCAAACAUAGAUGCUUUCUUACAGAAUUUGUUCCAUUUGGCCAUGGACGAUGACCCAGAUGUGCGCAAAAAUGUAUGUCGAGCCCUUGUUAUGCUCCUGGAUGCUCACAUUUCUUCUUUGAUUCCUCAUAUGCACAACAUCAUUGAAUACAUGAUGAUCAGAACACAGGAUCCGGAUGAAAAUGUAGCCUUGGAAGCUUGUGAAUUCUGGUUGUCGUUGGCUGAGCAUCCAAUCUGCAAAGAGACCCUGAAACCACACCUACCAAAGUUGAUACCCAUAUUAGUUCGGGGCAUGAAGUACUCUGAAAUUGAUAUCAUCCUUCUCAAGGGCGAUGUUGAGGAGGACGAGAGUGUACCAGACCGUAGCGAAGACAUUAAACCUCGGUUCCACAAAUCUCGACACACAAUCCGUCACGAACCAAUGGAGAAUGGAGGUAGUGGGGAGGAGUUUCCCGAUGACGAGUCUGAUGAUGGUCUAGAUGAUGAUUCUUCUUUGUCAGAUUGGAAUUUGAGAAAGUGCUCAGCUGCUGCGUUAGACGUUCUUGCCAAUGUGUUCCGAGAUGAUAUGUUGCCUGUCAUCUUGCCAAUAUUAAAAGAAACUCUCUUCCACCAAGAAUGGGAGAUU